CACACAUCUAUGCAUGAGGCUCUAAACAAACUGCUGGCUUUAUCGCGCUGGGUACCUCUGUGGAGGCUGCAGGCGUUUCAAGCUUGACAUAAUCUAAUGGUGCACAAAAAGGCAUUUUUGCAUGCAUGCGUGUUGCUUGACUUUCCGUACGAGGCAGAGGGAAGGAGGGAGAGAGAGAGAGGGAGGCGAGGCGGAGAGAGCAAGCGUGAGUGAAAGUGUUGUCAGCCAUUUUUCUCAUCUUUUAUCCGUUUUUCUUCUUUCUGCUGCUCCCCGACUGGAGAUGUGACUGUCAAAAAAGAAGCUGGCUGUUUGUUUUCUCCUGGAUAAAAAAAGGAUCUCUCUUUUUUUUUUUAUUCGUUUGUUUUUUCCACCCCGCUACCCAGCUUCCCAUUUUCAUGAUCCAGCUGGACUAAGCGCAUGAGGUGUCAUUGCUUUGGAGAGUCUGAUCAGGCCAAGAAGAGCGGAUACUCCUAAAACUGUCAAACGAAGACGGUGCAGCUAAGAGAGGGAAGGGGAGAGGAGGGGCGGGGGGUGUUGAAGAUGAGUGUAAAGCAGGUCCGGGAUGUUAGAUGUUAGCCCGGUGAACAUUUUUUCAUUAUGAAACCAUUAGCAGCAUCAGACAGCAAUGGAGUCCCGAACCAGCAAGAUAAAACCCCGCUCCCUGCAGACUUCAGCAGACUGCACCUGGCCGACGGCUUACACCCACAGGUGACCCACGUCUCCUCCAGCCACUCAGGAUGUAGUAUCACCAGUGACUCUGGAAGCAGCAGCCUGUCAGACAUUUAUCAGGCCACAGAAAACGAGCCAGGAGACAUGGACCUCAGCGGCCUGCCGGAGACUGCGGUGGACUCUGAGGAGGACGAUGAUGAGGAGGACAUCGAGCGAGCCUCCGACCCACUCAUGAGCCGGGACAUCGUCCGGGACUGCCUGGAGAAGGAUCCCAUGGACAGAACGGACGAUGACAUUGAGCAAUUACUGGAGUUCAUGCAUCAACUGCCAGCUUUUGCCAACAUGACCAUGUCGGUGAGGAGGGAACUCUGCGCUGUCAUGGUGUUCGCCGUGGUGGAGAGAGCUGGCACCAUCGUUCUCAAUGAUGGAGAGGAGCUGGACUCAUGGUCGGUGAUCUUAAACGGCUCCGUGGAGGUGACCUACCCUGACGGCCGGACAGAGAUGCUGUGCAUGGGAAACAGUUUCGGUGUUUCUCCAACCAUGGAGAAGGAAUUUAUGAAAGGUGUCAUGAGGACCAAGGUGGACGACUGCCAGUUUGUAUGUAUAGCCCAGCAGGACUACUGCUGCAUCCUCAACCAGGUUGAGAAGAACAUGCAGAAGGUGGAGGAGGAAGGGGAGAUAGUAAUGGUGAAGGAACACCGGGAACUGGACCGUACAGGCACCAGGAAAGGACAUAUUGUCAUCAAGGGCACACCUGAACGUCUCACCAUGCAUCUGGUGGAGGAGCACUCAGUAGUGGACCCUACCUACAUUGAGGACUUCCUGUUGACCUACAGGACUUUCCUGUCCAGCCCCAUGGUCGUGGGAAAAAAGCUCCUGGAGUGGUUUCACGACCCAAGUCUCAGGGAUAAGGUUACACGGGUGGUCUUGCUGUGGGUAAACAAUCAUUUCAAUGACUUCGAGGGAGACCCUGCCAUGACUCACUUCUUGGAGGAGUUUGAGAGCAAUCUAGAGAAGGAAAAAAUGUGCGGGCACCUCAGACUGUUAAAUAUAGCGUGCGCUGCUAAAGCCAAGCCACGGUUGGUGACGCUCACCAAGCCAUCUAGAGACUCUCCUCUAGCGUUCACCCUCCUUGGAGGACAAGAGAAAGGUUUCUGCAUCUUCAUCGAUGCCGUGGAGCCCGGGAGCAAGGCAGCCGAGGCCGGACUCAAGCGUGGAGAUCAGAUCUUGGAGGUAAAUGGGCAGAAUUUUGAGACUGUCCAGUUCAGUAAAGCCAACGAGAUUUUAAAGAACAACACCCACUUAUCAAUUACUGUGAAAACAAAUCUUUUAGUCUUUAAGGAGCUGCUAACACGACCCGAACAUGACCACGACCUGGAUGUGGACGAGGAACACGACAGGAAGAACGGGGCUCCUCACCUACCAAAGAUUGGGGACAUUAAAAAGGCGAGUCGUUACUCCAUACCAGACCUGGCUGUGGACGUGGAGCAGGUCAUGGGCCUGGAGAAAGCCAGCAAAAAGGGCAAGAGCAACACGGUCGGAGGGCGAAACAAGCUGAAAAAGAUCUUUGACAAGACUCUCACCAGCAUUCUGCCCCCCAAACCAUACAACGACGUUUGUGUAGGGCAAUCACAGGAUGACAGCAUAGUGGGCAUGAAGCCGUCCAAACAGAUCCCACCAGCUCUGCCGGUCAGUGGAAACCUGUCUUCGUCGAACCCAGACCUCCUGCAGUCACACCACCGCAUCCUGGACUUCAACAACCAGCCUGUUCAAGUUAUCCUGAAUAUGUCGGACCAAGUGUUACGAGUAUUCAAAGCGGACCAGCAGUCUCGAUAUAUUAUGAUUGGGAAGGACACAACAGCGAAAGAAGUGGUGGCCCAGGCUAUUAGGGAGUUUGCCCUGACUGCUGCACCCGAGGCUUAUUCGCUAUGUGAAGUGUCUGUCACACCUGAGGGCGUCAUUAAACAGAGGAGGUUACCAGAUCAGCUUUCCAAGCUAGCCGACAGGAUUCAGCUCAGUGGCAGAUACUACCUGAAGAGCAACAUGGAGACAGAAACAUUAUGUUCCGAUGAAGAUGCCCAGGACCUCCUUCGAGAAGGCCAGAUCUCUCUGCUACAGCUCAGCACCGUGGAGGUGGCAACCCAGCUCUCCAUGAGAGCCUUUGAACUCUUCUGUGCCAUUGAACCCACCGAAUACAUCGACGAUCUGUUCAAGCGGCGCUCAAAGACCGGCUCCCUCAGUCUCAAGCGUUUCGAGGAGUCAAUCAACCAGGAGACCUUCUGGGUGGCAACGGAGGUGGUGCGGGAGGCCAACCAGCUCAAGCGCAUGAAGAUCAUUAAGCAUUUCAUCAAGAUCGCUCUACAUUGUCGAGAAUGCAAGAACUUCAACUCCAUGUUUGCAAUCAUCAGUGGUCUAAACUUGGCUCCAGUCUCCAGACUAAGAGGAACAUGGGAAAAACUACCAAGCAAAUAUGAGAAACUCUUCGGGGAUUUGCAGGAUCUCUUCGACCCCUCUAGAAAUAUGGCCAAGUACAGAAAUGUUCUUAACAAUCAAAACCUUCAGCCACCUAUCAUCCCCCUGUUCCCAGUUAUAAAGAAGGACCUGACCUUCCUACAUGAAGGCAAUGACUCCAAAGUGGACGGCCUGGUGAACUUUGAGAAGCUUAGGAUGAUUGCCAAAGAAAUCCGACACGUUGGACGCAUGGCCUCCGUCAAUAUGGAUCCAGCCCUCAUGUUUCGAACCAGGAAGAAGAAAUGGAGAAGUUUAGGGUCUUUGAGUCAGGGCAGCGCCAAUGCAGCCGUGCUCGACGUAAGCCAGACAGGCGGGCACAAGAAGCGGGUUCGACGUAGCUCCUUCCUGAACGCCAAAAAGCUCUAUGAGGACGCCCAGAUGGCCAGAAAGGUCAAGCAGUACCUUUCCAACCUGAGCCUUGAGACGAACGAGGAGAGCCUUCAAACGUUCUCACUACAGUGUGAACCCUCAAUCAGCACAUUACCCAAGACUGCUGGUGGGAAACGACCAGACACUUCUCCAGUCGUAUCCAGAGCAGCCAGUCAGCAACGGGGCCAAUUGGCCAAAGGAAACCAAGCCCUGCAAGUCCCCAGUGUGGCCCUCUACCCGUCCCGGAAGAGGGUGCCAGUCAAGGAUCUGCCACCUUUUGGCACCAGUUCGCCCCAGUCUCUGAAGAAGAUCCUGUCUCUGUCUGAGGAGGGGAACGAAAGGCACCGGAGGCAGCCAGAGGACACCAUGUCCAACGCCUCCUCCCACCUCUCCUCUCCUCCCACUUCCCCUCAGAGCUCACCCAAGAAGGGUUACGGUAGGAUGGGCGACGCCUACUCAGACUCUGGUCACAGCGAGAUCUCGUCUCGCUCCAGUCUCGUCAGUAACUCGUCUUUCGACAUGGCCCAGGAGGAGAGGAGACUGCGUCACUCUGGAGGAGUUGGUGAAUCCCACAUAGGUGGGGCUCGGCUGGAAAGAAGGGCUACAACUGACCCUGACCAGUACAGUCUGGGGUCGUAUUCCUCGAUGCAAGACUGUCGAGGUAUUUAUGGAGGUUGCACCACCGUACUCUCCUCGCCCAGCUCCGAGGAACUGACUCAGGAUCAGGGAGAUCGUGUGUCCCUGGAUGCUGCAGACAGCGGGCGAGGCUCCUGGACUUCCUGUUCCUCUGGUUCCCAUGACAACAUUCAGAACAUGCAGCAGGGACGUAGCUGGGAGAUUGGCAUUGGAGGGCUGUCUUCAGCAUCAGAGGCCUUAUUAGGGGGUCCUGCUGCUCUGUGGGCAGCACAGACCAGGGGAAGCUGGGCAUCGGCCAGCUCCUCCUCAUCCUCGGCCGCAUACUGGGGGGAAGAAUCAGAGGGAGACACCGGAACGAUUAAGAGGAGAGGAGGAAAGGAUGUAAAUGCUGACCCAGAGACUAGUAGCAUCACAUCCACCGGGUCAGAGGAGGCCAAGCAGCUCGGCCGGCCGUCUCCAUCACCCAUCCCAACAGGGGGUAAAGGCUUUAUUUCUCGAAAGGAGGGCCGUUACCGCGAGCCUCCGCCGACUCCUCCUGGCUACACCGCUCUCACCAUUUCUGACCUGGCCGAGGGCCAGCACCCGGCGCCGCCUGCCCCCACGUCCGCAGCGAGCCGCCGACCGCCGGACUACACCACGGCGCUGCAGCGCUCACGCAUGGUCACCCAGUCGCCUGACUCUCAUCAGGCCCAUCAGGCCGCAAAGCGUCGGGGGGGAAGCCUCCGCCGCACCCGCUCCUCAGCGGACGAGCAGGAGCCAGAGGAUGAAGAGGAGGGUGAGUCCUUGUCUCCAAAACUAGUGGCUCUGAGGAAACCAUUGGCGCAGCAUACACCUGAGCCUCCCAGACGGUGAGAGUGUGUGGGGUUAACAGGCCCCCACCCCCCACCAGGCAGGUAACAACUUUAUCCUCAGUGAAACCUGCAUGUGAACAAAUACAAACACCAGGACUGAAACUGACCACACAGUGACCCCCUCCCUCCUCGUCCCACUGCAAGAUCUAAACGUCACAACACGACUUCCUGCAUGAUUCCUGCUGACCGCCUGGUUCCUCACUGCUUCCCUGCAGCAGCUCUCUCCUCUUCUCACUGUCUUCUCACUCCAACAACAGUUUGAUAGCAGUCAGUUCUUUACACCUUUCAAACAACUGCAGAAACCUUCACCUCCUCUCUCUUGUCCCAGCGUUAACAAAGUUUGUUUUCAUUUUUUAUGUAUAUUUCAAAAUAUGUGUCAUUUGGUUAAACGUUACAGAGAGGCUGUGAGUUUAUGCAGUAAAAGUUUUAUUAAAAGGUACCUGUUGUACCUUCCUGCUUCCACUUGGUGGCACUAAAACAACAGCCCCCUUUUUUCUUGUGUUAAGCUGCAGGCGGUUGGCUUAAAAAGCCGAUGUUGACCCUGCAGAUCUGAAACUGUUAGAGAACCAGGCUUCUUAACGAAGCUUUAUCACUUUAACAUUUUUCAUUCCAUAGGAAAAAAAUAACAGAUUUAUAAGUUUUUAAUGUAAAAAUGAAAUAACUGUUAAAGCUUUCGAUUUAACAAAAACACAAAGACAAAUCUUUACAUACUUAGGAAAUCGUUUAGA